GAUAAGUAGAUAACAGAUGAUACUAUCUAACAACUAGACCCUUGAUAUAUUAGUUUUCAAUCCCUAUUCCUUCUUUUUUUCACAUGGCUUUUCCUCAACAAAAGAUGAAACCAAAAUCAAAAAGCUUUAACAGACCUUUUAGCAAAAUAGUAAAUAAAAAAUUCAUUUACACCGUAAUAUCUGUCUUUUUAUUUUACUUGUUUUUCCUAAGAUCAAACAAUGAUAACAGCGAUUCCUCAAACUAUAACUACAGCUUCUCACCAAACAACCCUUAUCAACAUUUACCAAAAGAACAUGGUAUAUACAAUGAUCAGAUCUUAACCAGUGACCCAUUAAUCUAUCCCUCUGUUCAAUAUGCACCUUUCUUGAGAGAAUUAACUUUAUCCAAAUUAUUUCAAUCAAAAACCGAUGAAAAUGGUAAUUUACACUACGUCUAUGAUCAGGAUUUAGAUGAAUCUGAAAGAUUGUUCUCUGAUGAUGAUACUGCUAACGGUAAUAACGAUAACGAUAACAACGACAACGAUUUAAAUGAUUUAAAUUAUGAUGAAAAUUUAAAUGGUCUAGCCUUAAAUAAGAAAUCUAAAUCUGAUAAAAAUAAUAAUCAUGACGAUUAUCAUGAUGAUUUAAAUAUUGACCAACCUUAUGAUGACAAUGAAGAUGAUGAGAUUCAUUUUAAAAAGGCUAAAAAAUCUUUCAAAAAUCAUGGUAAAAUUGUGUUUGAUGCUAGAAAUAAUAAAUCUCCAGAUUUAGUUAUUGUAACUUCACUAGAUUUUGAAAAAUUUGAAUUAACUCAUUUAACUAAAGUUAUUACUAAUAGAAUCGAUUACUGUAAAGCCAAUAACUUUGGUUUUUACUCGAGAUGGGUUCAAGAAUUUAUCCCAAUUUUGCAAAAACACAAUUCGAACAAAUCAUGGGUCAAACUAAUGAUAAUGAGAGAAGCAUUUCACGCGUUUCCAAACUCCAAAUACUUUUGGUAUUUAGACCAAGAUUCGAUUAUAAUGAGAUAUGAUUUAAAUUUAAUCAAUUACUUAUUAGCUCCAUCGAUCUUAAAUCCAAUUAUAUUAAAAGACCAGCCAAUUAUUCCACCAAGCGGCGCAAUACAUACGUAUAAAAAUAUCAAACCACAAGAUAUUCGUUUUUUAAUCACACAAAACGAAAAUAGUAUUGAUUCAACAUCGUUUAUAUUAAUUAAUGAUAUAUAUGGAAAGGCGAUAUUAGAAUUUUGGCAAGACGAUUUAUUUCGAAAAUACACCAAUUUUCAAAUUAUUGAAAACGCAUUAACUCAUAUUUUACAAUGGCAUCCAGUUUUAUUAUCAAAGACAGCUUUGUUGCCUCCAAGAACUAUAGCAAGUUUACAUUCAGUGAUGGAUUUGCCCAAGGGAGGAGAUCAUUUACAUUAUUAUCCAGGUGAUUUAGUUGUGAAUUUAAAAGAUUGUGAAGCAAGAAAAAGUUGUGAAUCGGAAUUUGAAUCAUAUUAUCAACAGAUUGAUAAGAAUUGAAAAUGUAUAAAAAUAAAAAUAUAGAAUAAUAUACAAAGCAUAUCAUUAUGAUAAACUAGAAGUUCAAU